UAUAUAAUAAAUAAUUAAAUGAAGCUCGCUUAUUUGCUUGUAAUUAUGUUGGCAUUCGCCACUGCCGCCAAGGCCUUGAAUACUGAAAGAUUUGGUAAAGAACUUGAUGUUCAGGAGACCGGAGAAAUCCCAGAAUAUUUCAUGAACUUCCUCCAACUCGUUGGUGGUGACAAUCUUAUGAAUACCUCUUGUUCAAGACAAACAGUUGCUGCUUUGUUCGGACUCUUGGCUUUGGUCAACCUUAUAAUCCAUGGAGACCAAUGGCAUCAUGUUGUAACCAGAUUAUUCAUAUUCCUAGGAGAUGUACACUCAGCUCUUACCGAAUGUGGAGUUAUCUAAUUCAGUCAUAACCUUGCUUGUUUAUAUCCAACAAAUUUUCAAGAAAAUUCAUCAACAUUUUUCUG